AUGGCCAGGCCUGGGAAGCCCGGUGCUGGGGAGGCCCAGGAGGAGAAGGAAGUGGAAGAGGGGAGCGCCGGGAGGCCAAGGGCAGAGGUGCUAGAGCAGGCCCAGGAAUUGUUUCUGCUCUGUGACAAGGACGCCAAGGGCUUCAUCACUCGGCAUGACCUGCAGGGUCUACAGAGUGACCUGCCCCUCACGCCUGAGCAGCUAGAGGCUGUGUUCGAAAGCCUGGAUCAGGCCCACACAGGCUUCCUCACCGCCUGGGAGUUCUGCCUCGGCCUGGGGAAGUUUGUGGGGGUGGAGUCAGCCCAGGGUGCACUGCCCUCCCGGGCUCCCGAGGAAACCUUUGAGUCGGGCUGGUCAGAUGUGCAAGGCACUGAGGGCUCUCUGGAGGAAGAGGAGGAGGAGAGAUUCUGCGAAGUGCUGGAGCAGCUGGGGGUGGCCCCAGCCCUGGGCAAGCAGCAAGCGGUGCGGACGCUCUGGACCCAGCUGCAGCGCGAGCGACCCGAGCUGCUGGGCUCCUUCGAGGACGUUCUGAUGCGCGCGACGGCCUGCCUGGAGGAGGCGGCCCGAGAGCGGGACAGCCUGGAGCAGGCGCUGCGGCGGCGGGAGAGCGAGCACGAGAGGGAGGUGCGGUGUCUGUACGAGGAGAUGGAGCAGCGGCUUCGCGAGCAGCGCCAGCGUCUGCGGAGUCAGGACCUCCCCCGGGAAGAGCGCAGAGGCCUCCUGGAGCUGGAGCUGCAGAGCCGCGAGCAGGAACUGGAGCGCGCGGGCCUGCGACAGCGGGAGUUGGAACAGCAGCUGCAGACCCGGGCCAGGGAGCAGCGGGAGGCGCAGGCGCAGAGCGCGCAGCUGUGGCUAGCCAACGAGGCGCUGAGAACUCAGCUGGAGGGGGCGCAGGAGCAGCUCCGGAGACUGGAGGGCGAUGUGCAGGGCCGCCGGGAGCAAACCCUACGAGAGGUGGUCGCAGUCUCGAGGAACAUGCAAAAAGAGAAGCUCAGCCUCCUGCGACAACUGGAACUCCUCAGGGAGCUGAACACGCGGCUACGGGACCAGAGGGACGCCUGUGAGGCCAAGCGGCUGGGCAGUGGUCGAAGGAAAGCUCUGGCUGUGGCCCGCUUACCGGGGCCUACCUGUUGCUGCUGCUGCAGCUGGGCUCGCCCUCCGAGACGUGGCUCUGGCCACCUUCCCAGUGCCCGCUGA